CGUUAUCUAAUAGUUAUUGGGUCUUAUUAAUUAUUGGGCCUUAGAGAGUUAUUCAAAAUUGGGCUCAUUUGAAUUGGGCAUUCUUAUUGUUGGGUACAGUAGCCUUGAAGAAGAAAGGCUAGGUUUCUUCGUGCUUCAGCUCAGCGCCCCCAAGGAUAAUCGCUGGUGCUUCGUGCUCAACUCCUCCGACGACAUGAAUUUCGAGUGUCUAGGUCUCCUCCGGUGAACGGCGAUCCAAGGUAUUUACUGUAAACUUUUUUUCAGUAUGUGUGAAAUUAUUUCAGUAUUUACGGUAAGCUUUCUCACCCAUUCUUCUAUUUCCGUUGAUUGUACUCUGCCGCGGUUCAUUUCCGAUCAUCUACUCCGGUUGAAAAUGGCUUCCACCCAAUCAUCUCUCUGGCAAAGCAUCUGAAGACCACUCCACUGGAAUCACCGCUCACUUCUCCUUCUCAAUUUACUCUACCUCUCUGAUCACUAAAGCCCUCCUCCCAAGGUAAAAACUGGAAAGAGCAGUUUGGAACAGAUAUCUAAAGUUUAUGGAAAUCAAGCUGUGGUUGUAAGCAUUGAUCCCCGUAGAGUCUACAUCAAUGAUCCCAAUGAUGUGGAGUUUAAGACUGUAAGGGUCACAAAUAGAGCUUGAUCAUUCUCUGUUCGUGGAAAUCGAUCGGUGGGGCAAUCGAUUCAUUCACGGAGACUUUUGGCAGGUGGUUUAAGUGUAUAAUCGUGGUGGUAUCAUUUAAAGAUUUUGCUUGAAGGCUAGUUUGUAGCUGGUUUGGAGUUUUGCUACAAGAGAAGAUGACCAUGAAGCUGAAAAACGUCAAGAAGAAUAAAGAGAGCAAGAUACAAGAGACACAAAAAGAUGAACUUCUCAAAGCUAAAAACUCUGUAUUGCUACAAAGGAAGACACGUCGAAAAAUGAUAGUGAGAGACUCUUCUGAAGAUGAGGAAACACCCGGACAAGAGAAAGAGAUAUGUUCCACUAAGAGAAAGAGAUCUCUUAGGAAGAAAGCCUCUCGGUCCAAAACACCCAUUCCAAUAUCUCUUACUCCCAUCUCAAAUUCUCCAACAGUAAAUACUAGGUCCAAAACACCUCAAAUUUCUAUUACAAUGCCUACCAUAGACUCCCCUGCACUAAACACUAGGGGCUCUUUAAGAAGGAGGUCCAUAGGCUCGUCACCUGUUCUUGAUGAUGUUGCUCCCCCUUUAGAAGAGCCUAUGGAAAAGAAAAAAAGAGGUGAAACUAAAAUGAAAUCAGUUGCUACAAGUAGUGAGGGUCGAUUACCGGUCAAAUUCAACGCAUUGGGCCAACCAAUUGGAAAAGCAUCAAUUAGCUUAUCCUCAUUUUUGGGACCACUUGUGAGGGAAGUCGUACCAGUAACUUUACCUGAUUGGAGAAAGAUUACUCUUGGAAUGAAGGAGGUUUUGUGGAGAUCAAUUCAGGCACGAUAUAUAGUUGACAAAGAAUGGAAGAAAAACUAUAUAUUUCAGUCCAUGGGUGAUCUUUGGAGAGCUUCUAAAUCAAGGUUGGUUGCUAAAGUCAAAAAAGCGCCAAAUGAACACGAAAGGCUGAAAUUAAAGCCUGACAACAUCAAAACUGUAAUUGAGUGGAGGGCGUUCAUCAAAGAGAAAACCAGUUUGGAAUUUCAGGCCAAAAGUGACAAGUUCAAAGAGAUAAGAAAUAAACGACUUCCCCAUACUUGUAGCCGCAAAGGAUAUGCUCGAUUAAUCGAUGAUAUGAUGAAUAGUAGUGCAAAAAAUGAAGAACCUUCGAGAGUUGAUGUGUGGACUAAGGCACACACAAAAAAAAAUGGAGAACUCCGUCAAUUCCUAUGUUGCUUUGAAACUUUCGAUAUAUUAGGUGAUUCUUCAUUACCUUCUAAGACUCCAAAGGAAAAAGGAGAUCUUCUUUCAAAUAUAUUAGGUCCUGAAAAGGGUUCCUAUGUGAGAGGUUAUGGUAAAGGAGUUACCAAAACUAAGUUAGCAAUUGCAUCGGAAAAAGAAGAACAUAUAUGUAGAAUUGAAAAUGAGUAUAAAGAGUUAAAAGAAAAAGUGGCUGUUAUGGAGCAAUUGAUUAACUCUUUCAUAAAUUCCAAGUCUCAUUCUAACUUGAGCGGAGAGCAGUCCAAUGCACAUAAUCGUCCUACACGGGGUGAUGUUGGAAUUCAAGGCCAAAAGUGCGACCUUUUGGAUUGGACUGGUUCUGGGAAUAUUGUUGCUGUUGGAUAUUUCAUUUCAGAUGAUCCACAAGAUUCAGUUCUUGGUGUUCCUCUUGGACCAUUUGCCAUGAAGGUUGGUGUUGAUUUUGUAAGGGAACCUAAUGCAUUUCUAUGGAGGCCUACUUCAGGAUUAACUUGCAUUGAAGAAAGCGUUGGAAAUAUUAUUGCUUGGCCGGCUGACAAAGUUAUAAUGAGAACUUGAAUUGGUCUCUUAUGUUGAUGAGGUGUAAACAAGCAGUUUGGAAAGGAUUUUACAUUGUCAAGAUAAUGAACGAUGGGGAUUCCGCAACAAUGGUGCAAUUUAACUUCAAGAAGAUUAAUGUGGUGUUUGCUUGGAAGAACCUAAUAGACAUUACAUAAUAAGUUUUUAUUAUAUUUUUUUAGUAAGGAGUUUUUAUUAUGUUACAAUUUCAUUUGUGACAUAGAUAUUUUGGUUAAUAUAAGAAUUAUAUUAGAUUUUAUUUGUAAAAUAAUAAGCAUUAUUUGAUUUAAUAAUUUCAUUCUAGAAAUGUUAAUUAAAAGAACAUACAAAAGUUAAC